AUGCCGGGUUGUGGCUCUGGAUAUGCGAUAGCAAGACUUCCUGGAGUUCUUAAGCCUUCAUCAUGGAGCAAAUGCCGUUUUCCUAAUUGCUGCUGUUCUCUUCUCCUUCCAGCUCUGACUGAAGGUUAUGUCAGCUCGCUGCAUGAAAGCAGGCAUGGGAGCUCUGUGCAAAUACGGCGCCGUAAAGCAUCGGGGGACCCUUACUGGGCGUACUCAGGUACAUAUGGUCCUGAGCACUGGGUUACUUCAAGCGUGCAUUGUGCAGGUAACCAGCAGUCUCCAAUAGACAUUGUGGACCACGAGGCAAAAGUUGGAGAUGAGUAUCAAGAAUUACAGCUCGAUGGCUUUGACAACGAGUCUUCUAACAAGACGUGGAUGAAAAACACUGGGAAAACUGUCGCUAUCCUCCUGAAGGAUGAUUAUUUCGUCAGUGGUGCCGGACUGCCAGGCAGAUUCAAAGCAGAAAAAGUGGAGUUUCACUGGGGUCAGAGCAAUGGAUCAGCUGGCUCGGAGCACAGCAUCAAUGGCAAGAGAUUCCCUGUCGAGAUGCAGAUUUACUUCUACAAUCCUGACGACUUUGACAGCUUUGGAGCAGCGAUUUUAGAAAACAGGAUAAUAGGUGCCAUGGCUGUGUUUUUCCAAGUCAGUCAGAGGGACAAUCCGGCACUGGAUCCUAUUAUCCAUGGGUUGAAGGGCGUCGUACAUCAUGAGAAGGAGACCUUUCUGGAUCCCUUUGUGCUGAGAGACCUGCUGCCAGCAUCGCUGGGGAGUUACUACCGCUACACAGGCUCUCUGACAACUCCUCCGUGUAGUCAGAUUGUGGAGUGGAUAGUUUUUCGCAGACCUGUUCCUAUUUCUUACCAUCAGCUGGAGGCAUUUUAUUCCAUAUUUACCACGGAGCAGCAAGACCACGUCAAAUCCGUGGAGUAUUUGAGGAAUAACUUCCGGCCACAACAAAGUCUGAAUGGCAGGGUGGUGUCUAAGUCUGCUGUGAAGGACGCGUGGAGCCAAGACAUGACAGACAUCUUAGAGCACCCACUCGGCACGGAGGCUUCCAAAGCUUGCAGUACUCCACCUGUCAACAUGAAAGUUCAGCCUGUGAACAAAACUGCCUUGCUAGUGACCUGGAACCAACCUGAGAUUAUCUACCACCCUCCCAUUGUGAACUAUAUGAUUUCCUACAGCUGGACUAAAAAUGAAGAUGAAAAGGAGAAGACUUUCACCAAGGACAGUGACAAGGACCUGAAAGCCAUCAUUAGCCAUGUCUCACCUGACAUCCUUUAUCUGUUCAGAGUUCAAGCAGUGUGCCGAAAUGACAUGCGUAGUGACUUUAGCCAGACAAUGCUUUUCCAAGCUAACACAACUCGAAUUUUUGAGGGGACCAGAAUUGUAAAAACAGGAGUGCCUACAGCUUCUCCUGCUUCCUCCGCUGACAUGGCUCCCAUCAGUUCUGGAUCUUCUACCUGGACUUCCUCUGGCCUUCCCUUCUCCUUUGUUUCAAUGGCAACAGGAAUGGGACCUUCCUCCAGCGGGAGCCAAGCCACGGUGGCUUCUGUGGUGACCAGCACGCUGCUUGCCGGCCUGGGCUUUAGCGGUGGCGGUAUUUCCUCUUUUCCUAGUACUGUGUGGCCGACCCGGCUUCCGACUGCUGCUUCUACCAGCAAACAGUCAGCCAGGCCCGUGCUCGCUACCACGGAGGCUUUAUCUUCCCCAGGACCAGACAGCGAUUCCACCCUCCCAAAAGACAAUGACGGAGCGGAGGAAGGAGAAAAGGAUGAGAAGAGCGAGAGCGAGGAUGGUGAAAGGGAGCACGAAGAAGAGGGAGAAAAAGAAUCGGAAAAAAAAGAGAAAAGUGCAGCGACAGAGGCUGCCGAGGUACAAAAUAACACCGAGUCCGCACCCGCCACUGUUUCCCCCAAUAGAACUGCGGAAAAGGAAGGAAAUAAAACCAUACCUGGUCAAGAGCAAAACCAAAACGUUUUCCCAACAGAUAGGAGCCCCGAAGAAGGGAGCACGACCGAAACAGACACCCAGUCCCAACCCCUCCCCUCCACCCAAGUGCCACCAGCAUUCACAAACGAACAUUACCUAGGGCAAAUCCCCGGGAGACCAGAGACAGCAUCGCGGAAACCUUUUCCUAAAGACGACAGGUUUCCAGAGGAAAAUGCGUCGGAUAACAAGUUCAUCACCAUAAACCCAGCAGACAAGAACAGCUCCAGUAUGGCCACCAGACCGUCCGGCAAAAUGGAGUGGAUCAUCCCACUGAUCGUGGUUUCGGCCUUGACCUUUGUGUGCCUCAUACUCCUUAUAGCUGUGCUCGUGUACUGGAGAAAGUGUUUUCAGACUGCUCAUUUCUAUGUGGAGGACAGCAGCUCGCCUCGAGUGGUCCCCAAUGAAAGUAUUCCCAUUAUACCUAUUCCAGAUGACAUGGAAGCCAUUCCUGUCAAACAGUUUGUUAAACAUAUCAGUGAACUGUAUUCAAAUAACCAGCAUGGAUUCUCAGAAGACUUUGAGGAAGUGCAGCGCUGUACGGCCGACAUGAGCAUCACGGCAGAACAUUCCAAUCACCCUGAUAACAAGCACAAGAACAGAUACAUCAACAUUUUAGCAUAUGAUCACAGUAGGGUGAAGCUAAGGCCUUUACCGGGAAAAGACUCUAAGCACAGCGACUACAUUAAUGCUAAUUAUGUUGAUGGUUACAACAAAGCAAAAGCCUACAUAGCCACCCAGGGACCCUUAAAGUCGACAUUCGAAGAUUUCUGGAGGAUGAUUUGGGAGCAAAAUACUGGAAUUAUUGUCAUGAUCACAAACCUUGUGGAAAAAGGAAGGAGGAAAUGCGAUCAGUACUGGCCCACCGAGAACAGCGAGGAGUACGGCAACAUUAUCGUCACCCUGAAGAGCACAAAAGUCCAUGCCUGCUACACCGUCCGCCGCUUCACGGUCCGAAACGCCAAGAUGAAAAAGGGUCAGAAAGGCAACCCCAAGGGGCGGCAGAAUGAGAGGACGGUCAUCCAGUAUCACUACACCCAGUGGCCCGACAUGGGCGUGCCGGAGUACGCGCUGCCGGUGCUGACCUUCGUGAGGAGAUCCUCUGCGGCCAGGACCCAGGAGAUGGGGCCCGUGGUCGUGCACUGCAGCGCUGGUGUGGGCAGGACUGGCACCUACAUUGUGAUCGACAGCAUGCUGCAGCAGAUAAAAGACAAAAGCACAGUCAAUGUCCUGGGCUUUCUGAAACACAUCAGGACCCAGCGCAACUACCUCGUCCAGACAGAGGAGCAGUACAUUUUUAUUCAUGAUGCCUUGCUGGAAGCCAUCCUUGGGAAGGAAACGGAAGUGUCUGCAAAUCAGCUGCACAGUUACGUUAACAGCAUCCUCAUACCUGGAAUAGGAGGCAAGACACGACUAGAAAAACAGUUCAAGCUGGUUACACAAUGUAAUGCAAAAUAUGUGGAAUGCUUCAGUGCUCAGAAAGACUGCAACAAAGAGAAGAACAGGAACUCAUCAGUUGUGCCGUCUGAGCGUGCGCGAGUGGGCCUCGCACCCCUGCCUGGGAUGAAGGGAACCGACUACAUUAAUGCCUCUUACAUCAUGGGUUACUACAGGAGCAAUGAGUUCAUCAUCACCCAGCACCCUCUGCCCCACACAACUAAGGACUUCUGGCGAAUGAUCUGGGAUCACAAUGCGCAGAUCAUUGUCAUGCUGCCAGACAACCAGAGCUUGGCAGAAGAUGAGUUUGUGUACUGGCCAAGUCGGGAGGAAUCCAUGAACUGCGAGGCCUUUACCGUGACCCUUAUCAGCAAAGACAGACUGUGCCUCUCUAAUGAAGAGCAAAUUAUCAUCCAUGACUUUAUCCUUGAAGCUACCCAGGAUGACUACGUGCUGGAAGUGCGCCACUUCCAGUGUCCCAAAUGGCCAAACCCAGACGCCCCCAUAAGCAGUACCUUUGAACUUAUCAAUGUAAUCAAGGAAGAGGCCUUAACGAGGGAUGGCCCCACCAUUGUUCACGAUGAGUACGGAGCGGUGUCGGCAGGAACACUGUGUGCCCUCACCACCCUGUCACAGCAGCUGGAGAAUGAAAACGCUGUCGAUGUUUUCCAGGUGGCAAAGAUGAUCAAUCUGAUGCGGCCUGGAGUAUUUACAGACAUUGAACAGUACCAAUUUCUUUAUAAAGCGAUGCUCAGCUUGGUCAGCACUAAGGAAAAUGGAAACGGCCCCAUGACACUGGACAAAAACGGUGCUGUGAUGACCAGCGAUGAGUCGGAUCCGGCAGAAAGCAUGGAGUCUCUUGUCUAAUUGGACCCCUGAAAAGGCACUUACUUUGUAGAACUUCUGAAGACUGAGUGAACUUUUUUGAGGCCUUUUUUGCCAGACUCUAGGUUAUACAAUAACCCGAUUACUUUUUUACACUGAUAAAAGUUUUGAUAUUUAUUUUUUGCCAUUUUAUGUCUUAAUGGUAUCCUACUGAGCAUUUGCACCUCUGUUUAUUUCACACAGUGAAACGCAAUUUUAUCUAGUUUGCACUAUAUGAUCAGUGUUACUGCCUAUAAUAUUUUAAUACAAAAGCAAGCCCUGAUGUGACAUUCCAUGACAACAAGCAUAUGCUACUUUUUUAGUUUCGAUGCAGCGAAGUUUUGUUAACGGUGACCCCUGAAUCUUGAAUCUUAAAUGCUAGACCCAAUGGAUUCUGACUACAAGAAAUACUAUUUCCCUUCAUACUCCUAAUAUUUAUUGUUUUAAUCUUCAUUUCACGUUGGUCAUUGGUAUAGGUCUUCUGCAUGGCAGUAGAGUGGAUGAGCAAUGUUCAUCCUUUCUUGACAAAAUGUGUUAGGUGAUUACUAGCUACAGUUGAGAUGGACUAGCCGUGGGGAGCUGAAGCAAUUGCUUUUGUACUGUUUCAGGUCCCUGUUCUGUGUACUGGAAGGCCUAAGAAUUGCUUCACAUGGAACACAGAAAAAAAUGACAUUAGAAAACAUAAAACACAACAACUCAUACUGGGACACAGUCAUGGAUUUUGAAUUUACGGCUUCAGGAAGAAAUGUCAAUUUAAUUUUUUAAACCAGCCACGUGGCAGGAAAAUGCCGUAAUUUUAUUUCCAUCCUAGCCAAUACAGUGAAAACUAUGCUACAACCUAAAAUCAGGUCUGCUUUCAGAGACGUGAAGGUAGCAAUAUUUCACAUUACUAAGCUAUUCGAUAUUUUAAACAUUAAUUUCCUUACGCUUUCUUGAACGUGACCUCACACCUAAUGGUAUGUUACAUGAUGAAGACAGGCGUUUCUUAAUUUCAUAACUGUUAGAUGCCAUUUUUACAGGUGUGUAAUUUUCAUACUCUAGUGCUAAAACAAAGUACUGAUCCAUAUUUACUGGUGAAGCAAACUAAUAAAAAACUACCUAUAAAGUUACAUUCUUCCUCUUUUUUUUUUUUUUGGCUAAACUAACUGUUCAGUUCAAAGCUUUUGAUUCCUUGCUCAUUCCCACACAAAUCAAAUGUUCCCUCAAAAUGAGGGGGCUGAAAUAAUUUGGUUAUCCUCUUGAACUGUUAGGUGCACUGCCCUUAUUAGCUCCCCUUUUGACAGCAUUAUGGUCCCAGGUUAUCAGUGCCUGCUUCAAGUCAGAGCUAAAGACAUCCUUGACAGCUGUGCUAAACAGCGAACAGGAUUGCUGAAUCAGGCCCCUUUCCGUCGAGGUGUUCUUUUGGCUGUUCUGGAGCGUGGGGUAGAUGUAAAGGUGCUGUCCCUCAUCUAUGGGUUGAUUUUUCUUUAGUCUUACAUUUCAGCUAAACCCAGAGGGCACUGUAAGGUUGCAGGACUCUUCAGCAAUAUUCAAGCAUAUUUUUCAUCUAGAUUUUGACACGAUUUUUUUUUCUGUUUCCAAUAGGACCUCCCUGGGGCAUAGGCAUCUGCAAGACAAAAAAUGCUUCUUCCAUUGGAGAAUUGCAGACUGCAUUUUGGGGCAGAGCAGUCAGCUAGGAAGGAGCUAGGGGUGCUGUGCAUUAAAAAAAAUAUGAAGGGUGCCCAUUUGGAGCCAGGCACACUCGGCUGUUGUAAAUCGAUAGAGCCUCGCUGACGUCAGUGGAGCAAUGCCCGUUUACUCCAGCUGAAGACCUGACCUUGUAUUUUUAAUGCUGGAAAGAUUUCUUCCAUGCACCUCUCCCCCCCCACACACCAGGCAAACCAACUCUGGAAGGAAUUUCACCAGUAACCAUCUAUGGAUUUAUCUGAAUUUGCUUAACUAUUUGAUACUACCGGUCCCAAAUACUAGCCGAUGCUAAGUAGCAAUGCAUCACACACCAUGUUUUCAGCACCAAGGAAUCUAAUUCAAUUCAAUAAGAUAAAUAGCAUGGUGAGUCACGAUGCUUUAGCCCUCCCAUUAACACCAGCAUGAAGACAGCCUGGCUGUGACAGGUUAGCCCGUCUCAGAUACUGUAGGAGUUUAGGCUGACUCUCCAACUGCCAAGUGGCAGUGGCAGAAGUCAUUCAAGCACAGUUCCCAUUUUGCCAUCCUCACUGCUUAGUCUGGGGCUGAAAUGUUUCACCAGGAGGUGAAUUUACCAGCCCGCGUUGGUGACAGAGGCUUUGGCGCUGGGAGCAGUGGUUGUGCCAGGACCCAGAAGGACUCGGAUUAACUCUUAUCAGUUCACAUCUGAAGUAUUCCGGUUGCUGGGUGGGGUCGUCACCCCAUUUGCGAGAGGAACCGGGUAGUUUGAACAUUUGUGGAGAGAGCUAGAGAGAGGAAUUUGUUCAGCACACCUGGGACUGAGUUCCCUGCCGUUUCAGUGCGUUUUGGGGGCAGAAGAAGAUGACCGUUAGUGACGCUUUGCCUGGCUUUUCUCACCUUCUCUUCCUUGCCUUCGCACCAUGCGUUAAGUCAAAUGAGGGAAGGCUGCAGGGUUGAACACUGGUAAAGGGUAGACAUUUGUGCAUUGGCAUUCUCCUGCACUAACGACAUGGGGCUUAAUCCCUGGGGAAAAUACUUACCCCUGGCAUUCUGUGACUUUUCGACUGUUGUUUUUUUCUUCCCAUGGAAACCAAACUGUGUAUCAGUGUUGAGUUCAACAAUAAAAUAGGUGGUAGGAAGGCAGUGAUGUGUUGGGGUAUGUUCGGGCCAGGAGUUCCAUGUGAAGUUCAGGAAGAAAAGAGAGCGCGAGCUAAAUUCAUCCCCGUGAAAGCAGCUGCAGUUCUGAUGACUUAAUUGCACCUGUUUCCCUGGGACUGGAUGCGACUGUCAGAAGCCCUGAAUGUGUGUUAAAAGACCCUUACUCGUAGGGGUAGGAUGAGAUGCUGUCCUGCGUCUGUCUUGCCAAAGUCCUGUACACAUGCAUAGUGACACUGGCACGGUUUUAUGUUCGCCGCUCUAACCUGACGCUUGUAGUUUUGACAUUGCAGUCAUUCAAAGGUAGCAAUGAUGUCUUUCAAACAAAGGGUGUGCGAGCUAGGAAGAACAGGGCUGUAUUCCUUGGCGAGGAGACAUGGUCCUUCCUCAGCACUAGCACUUGGAGGGGAACGGGACCAGUGGCUUGUAUGUGUGUGCAUGUGCACGCAUACAUCUCAAGACCAUGUUAUUUCCCCAUGUUUGACACGGGUGCUUCGCUGGGAGACCAUGUGAAAGAAGGAUGAAUUGAGCCCUCAGUAAUGACCAAGUUUUCCAAAACGAGGAGAGCUGCUGUGUCGGUAACGACAUGGAAAAGCAGCGGCGUUCUUGGCCUAAAACGGGCCCGUUCCUCUUGACGGUUAGCAAUGCUAGGACGGUAGCUCUGCAAAAGUCCGUGGGCCUGCUCCUGUGUGUAAAGUUAAGCGCAUUGAAUUGUUUGCGGAGCCAAGGUCAGAAUAACUUUGGCUUGAACGCAGCGUUUGUCCUUUCAGCAUUUCAGAUGAGAAAAGAGCUAAACUGUAUUUAUUUGUGUUUGAUUCUGGUACUUCAUUCCUCUUUGGUGGGUCCAUUCUAGUUGAUUAUUUACUGGAUCCACCAGGCUUCAAUUAUUUUCCAAAUUUCUGACUGCUUGAAUCGGUUGAUCCCAGAGUGAUGUAUUGAAGCACUAGAAGACUUAACCUUCUUUCUAGUGACACAGCACAACUGCCUUGUUAUUAAUCUUUGGGGUUUUUUUUUUUUUAAUGAAUGCAUUUUGGUUAAAAAUUUUAAAUAUAGAUAUCAAUUUUACCAAAGAUACAUAUUACUAAUUCUCAGCAAAAAAACCCAACAAACAACAAUCUUAAUUUCAAGAAAAAUAAUAAUAAUUCAAGUUGUCUUAAUGAUUUAGCAGUCACGUUCUCAAAUGCAUUCUCUUCUGCCAUGUAAUCCUGUGUUCUGAAGUUUUUGUUCAAAUGGUGCCAGUGAAUUUUUAUAUGAAGGAAAAAUGCCUAAUUGCUAAUCCACUGCAUUGCUCUUCCUUUUCUUUCUUUCUUUCUUUUUUUCCUUUUAAACAAAGAAGUACUUCAACUCUGCUUGUGACCCCUUUGCACUUUCUCUCUUCGUUGCCAUUCUAACAGUGUAGAUGACAUUGGUGUUGCUUACCUGCAGAGAAGGUAUGCAAAAAUGGAGAGAGAAAGAGAUGGAACUGUAAUGAAGAGAUUUGGCCUCUACUUUGUCUUAGCUGUUAAACUGUUUUUAGUAUUUUUGUUAACUACUUGCAAAGGGAAGCAUUUUCUACAGAGGAUAAUUAAUUUCAAGAAAAAUGUCUUGAGUUUUAAGAAUAAACAUGUCUCCAAAAGAGGAGAUAGUCAAUUUUAUAAAACGUCACAACUCUCCAACAUUUGGGGUAGUGACUUUUUUGUUUUGUUAGAACAUUUGAAACUAGCAAGCAGCCAUUGUUUCUAAAGAACUAAGCAUCCACAUCUGCUCCGAUUUCCUUUUCCUUCAUUUUUAAAUAGCAGAAAUCAUUCAAACUGUAAAUAUUUUGUUGCUUGGAUAAGCAUCUUCUGGGAACUUUGUAUCUAUGGUAUAUAAUCAUAGAAUUUUAUAUUUUCAUAUAAAGCUAAUUUUUUUCUAGUUUCAACUCCUUCAUAGUUUUCUUUUUUCUUUUUUUUUUUCCUUUUUUUGUGGUGGAUAUGUGAAUCAUACUUUCUGUGUAUUGAAGUAGUGAAACACCAUCAUCACAUUCCAAAAAAACAACAACACACAUGUUAUUUCUUUGGGGCAGUGAUUGUGAAAGUUGGAUUUUCUUUUGAUUCCAUUGUCAGUGUGUGCAAUAGGAAUUAGACUUAGCCAGUCACUGGAUAAGUUUGUCUCAUUGAUCCAUUUGGAAAAAAAAAUGUGGUGUUUGGUUUUGGGGAGAUAUUUUGGGAGGGGGGGAGGGGUUGUUUGUUUCCGUUUCGUUUUUUGUUCGGGGUUUUUUUGUAACUUGAAGACUCUCCUUUUUGUUAUGUUUAAAACUAUAUCAAAUCAUUCUAUUAUAGUGUUAUUUAAUAUGUAAAUUGUAUUGCUAUACAUAAAAUAAAGUAUGGUUUUUGAUGUA